CGGACAUAUUGACAUUUCGUCACAGCCGCUCCACGCAGUAGAAGCAUGGCUCCAGGAGGGAAGAUAAAUAGACCGAAAACUGAAUUAGGGAAGAAGCUCUUCAAGAGGCGAAGAGCUCUGACAAGGGAGAAGAAGAAGAGGCAUAAAAUUGUUGGAGCAGUAAUUGACCAAGGACUCAUUACUAGACACCACCUGAAAAAGAGGAGCUCCAGCUCAAGAGCUAAUAUCACCCUCUCUGGAAAAAAGAAACGUAAAUUGCUCAAGCAGCUCAGUCACGUGGAAAAGGAGAAGGCUGGCAUGGAAGUUGUAAUAGUACCACAGAAAAAGGAGCCAGCCCCUGCUUCACAAAAAAAGAGUAAACCAAAGAAAGCAAAGGUUCCUGUGUCAAAGGACGUUGAAAUGAUGGAUGAAGAUAUGGAAUGAAGACUCUUGAGAACUGUAUCUACUCCCUGAAUUCCCAUUGAAAAAGCAGACUGAAGCCAAUACAAUGGGGAAAUCUGCCUGGAAUGCAAUAUAUACUGGUGAAGGAACACCAGAAUUCUGCUGCAUAAAUCAGCUACAUUGUUUUCACUUAAUGAUUCAGAAAGACAUUCCUUCUUGUCUUAAAUAUUUUCUCAAUUCAAUGGCUAACCAGGACCACAGCAUGAGUGCUGCGCAUAGCUUCUCCAGAAUGACAGUUUUAUAUAUUGUCAAAUUGUUCAAUGGAGCUUAAUUCUCACAUACUACAGGAGGUGUGCCUCAUGUUAGAUAUGUGGGUCAGACAAGUUGGAUGAAUACACAUGCACAGCACCUGGUCCACUCACUGUGUGAAUAUAAAUUUAUGAUUAAAAAAUCUGUUACAUUUUAAAUGAUUUUUUUAAGCUUGCCUUUUGUUUAAUAAUAGACACUUCUUGGCCUUCCAAUUGCCUUAUUUUUAAGUUUUUAGUUUUGUGUCCAAAAUAUUUGAGAGAAUAAUAAAAUCUAGUCUCAAAUUUGUUAAUCACAAAUAUGUUUCUAAGUGUUUUGAAGGCUAAAAAUUGCAGAGUACUCUGAUUAAUUCUUGAAUCUAAUUUGUUUUGUUUAGCAGAGCUGUGAUAGAACUAGAGGACAUUGUAAGUCUCAAUGUCAGUUGUUACUGCAAUAUGUGAUUAACAAAUUGUGCUAAAUACAAUGCAAAUAUUGCUUCACAAGAGAGCCCAAAAUGCACACAAAUAAAGUGCAAUGAUUGAAAAUAAUAAAGUAAUAAUACACCAGUUUUUAUUGUUUGUUAACCUGGUUUUGGAAAGAAAAAGCUGGUUUAAACAAAACUGGGUUUUGAGAUGGUCUAUACAUAUAAAUAAGAAAAUAAUUCCUUUCCAAUCACUGCCUACUUGAAAGGCAGGAAUUAGAAUAAAACCCCCCAAA